ACAACAACAUCAACAAUCAUCAAACCAAACCACGAACAAAAAUACACACAACACAAACACCAAAAAUCAAGAAAAUGGUAGCAAUAUCGGAGAUAAAGUCGACGGUGGAGACAACGGCGGCGAAUUGUUUGAUGCUUUUAUCAAGAGUCGGACAAGAAAACGUCGACGGUGGAGAUCAAAAACGCGUUUUCACAUGUAAAACGUGUUUAAAGGAGUUUCAUUCGUUUCAAGCGUUAGGAGGUCACCGUGCGAGCCACAAGAAGCCUAACAACGAGAGUCUGUCUGGACUGAUUAAGAAGGCUAAAGCGUCUUCUUCGCAUCCUUGUCCGAUAUGCGGAGUGGAGUUCCCCAUGGGACAGGCUCUUGGAGGACACAUGAGGAGACACAGGAACGAGAGUGGCGGCGGCGGUGGCGCGUUGGUUACACGCGCGUUGUUGCCUGAGCCGACGGUGACGACGUUGAAGAAAUCCAGCAGUGGGAAGAGGGUGGCUUGUCUGGAUCUGAGUUUGGGGAUGGUUGAGAAUUUGAACCUCAAGCUGGAGCUUGGAAGAACUGUUUGUUGAUUUUUUUUUUUUAAACUCUCUUUAUUUUCUGGAUAUAUUUGUUACUCUCAUUCUUUGAAUUUUUCUUCAUAUUUUUAGAUUAUACAUAUAUAUCUGCAGAUUUAGGAAACUUUCAUAGGUGUAAUCUUUUCUUUCUGUAGAAAUAUAUUUUACUUGGCAUUUGAGAUUUGUCAUAUGAUUAUCUUUCAGCUUUUAUGUUUUAA